AUGUCAAAAACAAAUUCUGAGAAGAUAGCUGGAUUGGAGGCAGGUGUUGCAGCCCUGGAGCAGGAUCUUACCAAGCUUCGAGAGGAAGCUGACCUCGCCAAGAAGGAGAAUGAUGCACAAUUCACAGAAGUCCUGCAAGCUAUCAAUAACUUGAUGAAAACUGUCAAGGGGAAACUCAUUCAAGAGGAGGAGAAGGACAAGGAAGAUCCUGAAUUUGAGCUCGAGUUUGGAUCCUUCAAAAAGGGACCCAAGGACGAUAAGAACAAGGGUGGGGGUCGACAAAUGGGAGAAUUUCGGAAGAUUAAAGCUCCUAUUUUCGAAGGGGAAGACGCAUUUGGAUGGAUUUAUAAGGUGGAGCGUUUCUUUGAGAUCCAAGACAUUGGAGUACGUGAUCGUUUGAAGGCAGCAUCGAUUUGCUUGGACGGCAAGGCGCUGGCUUGGUUUCGUUGGAGUCAAGCAAGGGACCCAUUCCGCUCUUGGGAGGAUUUAAAAGAACGGUUGUUGGAGCGAUUCCAGUUAACAGGUGAAGGCAAUAUCUAUCAUCAGUUUCUCGCCAUCCGACAAGAAGGAACUGUACGUGACUACGUAAGCAAUUUUGAGAGACUGUCAUGUCAAUUGGGAGACAUACCAGAAAGCGUGUUGGAAGGUACCUUCAUUAAUGGUCUCAAGGAUGACACACGUUCGGCCGUUCGUAUUUUACAGCCAGCAAACUUCGCCAGAGCCAUGACUCUUGCUGUUAUGAUAGAUGAAAACAAGUUCAGUAUCGGCACACCCAAGACUAGUGGAGGGGUAAUUCGGUCCAACAACAACGGGUCUAGUCGACCAGGUGGAGCUUCUACCAACAUGGGUUGUAUCAUCAUCUAG